UAGAAAGAUACGUUGUUGAGUUCAUAGUAUAAGUGUGAAGAAUACAAACGGGUCAAGUAUCACAACUACACGAGUUCUGUUCUCACAUACACAACAGCAAAUGUCAUCUAUAGAUGAUGAGGGUAUACGUUUGCAGAAUGAGUAGUAUGCGUGAAGCAUUUCGUUAGAAAGCUUCGGUGUGUGCAGUUAUGAUGUUCGAUAGCUGAAAAGAAUUAGGUGUCUAUUUAUGUGUAAAAUUUGUUUGUGAAUUCCAGUGUAUUAAAAACAUUACUCUGAUAUGUCCUUAAACAACGUUUAUGUCUGUAAACUGUAAACUGUAAUCGAACUAUCGCGUAAGGAACAGGUGUUGGUUGUAUAAGUUUUCUUGAAUGCAGGAUCUUCAGGAAAAAAUACUCUGGUCUAAAUAAGUUGGCAUUUCGUAGUUUCAACGAGUGGUAUUCAUCCAACGAAACAACCGUUUUCUUGAAUGCAGGAUCUUCAGGGAAAAAAUACUCUGGUCUAAAUAAGUUGGCAUUUCGUAGUUUCAACGAGUGGUAUUCAUCCAACGAAACAACCGACAGGAACUGUGAAUUGAACUAUCUCUACCACAAUUAUCAUCUCAAUGGAAGAUCCGAAUCGAAUGAUGGGAGGCCACGGUGGCUUAAUGCCACCAAAUUAUGGCAUGCCGACCAACGAUGGUCAAGCAGGAGUGGACAACGAUCCUAGGAAACAAGAUAUUGGCGAAAUUUUGCAGCAAAUCAUGAACAUUACUGACCAAUCCCUGGAUGAGGCCCAAGCUCGCAAGCACACACUUAACUGCCACAGGAUGAAACCAGUUUUGUUUGCUGUGUUGUGCGAAAUCAAGGAAAAAACAGUUCUAUCGCUGCGAAACACCCAAGAAGAAGAACCUCCAGAUCCGCAGUUGAUGCGAUUGGACAACAUGUUGAUUGCGGAAGGAGUCGCUGGUCCAGAAAAAGGCGGUGGUGCAGGUGCGGAUAGUGCCGCGGCAGCAAUGGCCGCUGCCAACGAUUUUUUGUCACAAUCUGAUCUAACUGGUGGACAAGACAAUGCGAUCGAGCAUUCAGACUAUCGUGCAAAAUUAGCCCAAAUUCGCCAGAUUUAUCACCAGGAGCUUGAAAAAUAUGAACAAGCUUGUAGCGAGUUUACCACGCAUGUAAUGAACUUACUAAGAGAGCAAAGCCGUACAAGGCCCAUCACUCCGAAAGAAAUUGAACGUAUGGUACAAAUCAUUCAUCGCAAAUUCAGCUCCAUCCAAAUGCAGCUCAAACAAUCCACCUGUGAAGCCGUUAUGAUCUUGCGCUCACGAUUCUUAGACGCACGAAGAAAGAGGCGUAAUUUCAGUAAGCAGGCUUCUGAAAUUCUAAACGAAUACUUCUAUAGCCACCUAAGUAACCCUUAUCCGUCAGAAGAGGCCAAGGAAGAACUAGCAAGAAAAUGUGGCAUUACGGUUUCACAAGUUUCAAAUUGGUUUGGAAAUAAGCGCAUACGUUACAAAAAGAACAUUGGGAAAGCUCAGGAGGAAGCAAAUCUGUACGCUGCCAAAAAGGCAGCAGGCGCAUCCCCGUACUCUAUGGGAGGACCUCCUAGCGGCGCCGCUACUCCAAUGAUGUCUCCCGCCCCUGCGCAAGACUCAAUGGGUUAUUCAUUGGGAUCUGGUGGUUAUGAUCAGCAGCAGCCCUACGAUGGUAGUAUGGGAUACGAUCAAUUACACCAGGAUUUAAGUCCGUAAAUUGAUAAAGAGGAUUAGUCGGGUAUACAAAAAUCAAUACUUCCGAACGCUACCGGUGCUGUUCUUGGCAACAAUAUCAGGAUUUUGUGUUUAAAAUUUCGUAUUCGUUAUUUUUAACAUUUUUACUACAAACAUUUUGCAAAAAACAGCCACCGAUACCGAUACACACUAGAAAUGAACAUGGAAUAGCUCUUGAAGCGUGCAAAAUAUGAAGUGUAUCUUUAGUUUUACUUUCUACCUUAAAGUACAUCACACAUCAAGAUGAGAACACAAGUAUACGGAUAAAUGGCAUUAAACUAACUUUGAAAAUAAGUCAAAUAAAGUGUGUUUUGCCGAAAUGAUUGGUUCCCGCCUAACAAUACAAAUAUUUAAUUUAACGAUAGCGCAAAGCAACUGAUAUGAUUCCUACUGAAAUUGAAAUGGAAAAAGUCUCAUGUAAUACGUCACACUCAUGACAUGUAACUAAUCAUGAAGACAUGUAAUGAGUAGUAGAAUUUGAAAAUAUUUGUUUCUUCGUAACCCAUCCCUUGGCUUUGGUGAAGAAUGGUAUUUUAAUUUCACGAAUUACUAUAUAACGAAUUCAUACUAUUGACAUUAUGAACCUCUUGGAAUUCAAUAUAUGUCACAUUAUGUGCUCUAUGUUUUUGUUUUUGCAAGAUGGAUUGAAAUGCUUUUCGCAUGUUUUGUAACAAGCUGCAAGGUUGAAAUAAAAAUAGAUGGAUUCUACAGUGUACGCUUUACCCGAUGUAGCCAACUGAUUCAGAAUUCAUGUAUUAUAUAAUUUUACCGGAUCAAUAAUAUGUGUUAUUUAUGAUGUUACUAUUAUAAUCUCAUAACCUUUUUUUCAAAUACACUGGAUGAUUAAAUGCAUUAUCAUAAUUUACAUCGAAAGCCCUGUUGCAUACACAGCAAUCAAAAUAUUUAAAAUCUUCGAGAUCACCACUAUCACCUGGCAAUAAACCACAACAUACUUUUUAUAUUUACUUUGCAAAAAAAAAUUUUUUGGAUGAUGCUUCAGAAAGAAACUGAACACAUAAAAAUACCAUUUUCAUGAUGAAAUUUGAAGACAACAACAUAAACUGCAUAACUGAAUACGGAGAGAAAUGUAAUCAUAGAGGAAUCUGGGAAUCAAACUCACGGUGUAUACUUUUAGAUAAUAGGAUUGGAUAAGAACGAUGAUAGAAAAAGCAGCGCUACAAUGGAUGAUGCAAUGGCAAUAGAAUGCAACACGCUAAUUGGAUGCAGAAAGUAUAAUGCGUCGCACCAAGGUCGAGAAAUAGUAAUCUUACGUGAACGUGACACUAAAUACAACAACAUAAAAAACUACAUCGAAAUUGAAAACUAUAAGAUAAAUACAAAAUUCAAAUAUUAUAAGUUGCACACAUACCGAAUUUUGCCAAUCUGUAGGGAAUCUAUUGAAUUAAAACUGAAUUAGUGUUUUAUUUUGAAGGCCUAUUUAAAAUUACGUUAAAGAUUAAGGUCAUCCUGCAUGUGCAUUAUUUUAGCCGAAAUUUGCUUAAAUUCCCAAUUGUUUGAUUUACUGAGAAGUUAUGACGGUAUACAAAAGAUCAUUCAUGGCAUAGGAUGAUGCGGGCAGUCAGCACCAUAGACAUUGUUUAUGGUGCAAAUUAUAUACGUAAUUAAAAAAUAAUGAACUGCAAAGAAUCCGCUUAGUUUGCGGUGAAAACUUUCUACAACAAGGGAGUAACUCACGAACAAACAUUUUGCGUAGUGAAAAACGGCAAAAGCAAAAUAAAAAAUCUUCGGCACAAGUUAUAACAUCUGGACAGUCGAUUUUAUUUCAAACCAUAUUAAAAAAUAUGUUUCAAAAUAUGGCUAUCAAUUUCAUGCUGCAUGCAAACUCAAUGGGACACGCAUUUAUGAUAAUUUUUGUGUAAGGCUAAAACUAUACCACAUAUUAGUUUUCUUUUUUUUUUAAUAUUGUGUUUGCUUCUUUUGGAAGCGUUAUAUACAUGCAAUUGAAUUUUUUUUAAUUUGACUAUUCUUUUAAAUUUUCAAACGUUUCUAAGCUACUUGCCAGGUUACAAACAUUCAUAUUACACGAUUAAAUUGCAUUUUGUGAUGUGCCCAUAAAAUAUGAUUCAUAUUUUCUUCCCUCUUCGAAUUACCGAAUUAAAAAAUAGAUUUUUUUUUAAAUGUGUAAUUUCAUGAAAACCAUGAACAAACAGGACAUUGUAAAACAUUAGAAACUAAUGUACAACUAGUGUACCAGCAAAAGUGCUACGAUCACGAUUGUGUGAUUACAAUACAGAUGUAAAUCCUGAGCAGAUAAUAUAGAAGCACCCAAAAUCUUCAAUUAACCAUAGACCGUAGCAUUUUUUGCUUCAUUUGAGUAAAAAGUCAGUGAGUAAAUUAUAGCAAAGAGAGCUUCCAAUAGUCAAAAAACGGUUACUACUGUAAUUUGACGUACGACGCCUCUUGCGAAAUACAAACAGAAAUAAGAUAAAAUACAUCUGAAACGUCAACGACAAUAUACGUACGAAAAGUGUAUGUAGGUGCAAAAAAACUAGAAAUAAAUAAUCUGCGAAAACAAAAUCUCUAAAUAAAAGUAUGAAUGACACAUUGAAUGCGAAAAGUGUUGGAUCGCUUAGGCAGAUGGAAAAAACUGAGUUGAAAAAAAUAAUCAUUUGUAUACGAAUUAUGAAGAAAUAAUUUCAAGAAAAUCUAAUAAUUUCUGCAAACACAGUAGACAACUUUGACAAUAAGUGUGUCUGCACAAAUAAGUUUAAGCGUAGUGUGAACAAAGUAAAAAAACAACAGGAACAUGUUAAGAGGUCGCGAAAUAACAUACAUUAUACACAAUAUUUUUAAAUUUAUUUGCGGUUGAAAUAUACUUCAGUGCCGUUCAAUGCACAUAGCGUUUUUCUGUAUCCAUAGUUAUGAUAUGUGCUAUGAUUUUGGUAUUCAACACAUUGUGGUUAUUCUUUUCAUUUCAUCUUCAGUACUAGUACUAGCCAAUUCGAACAACUGCUUCAAUGUAUAACAUUCACACGAUUGAAUGAAUUUGAUGAUGAAAUAAUCCGAACUUAAACGGUAUUGACUCAUACAAAUCAGCAUAAAAAUCUCAUUUUACUUAAAAAACAAAAAUUACACAUAAAAACAAACAAAAAUAGAAGAAAAAUCUUAUUAGUGUACAAAAGGAUUUGUCUAUUAAAUGAGAAAAAAUAUUAAGACUCCCUCAGGUAUACGAAAGCAAAUGCCCAAAAUUUUCAAGAUGCAAGGUCCAUAAAAUGUCAUUGUAAUAAUGUAAAUGACAUUAACCAUUCACGAAAAAAAACUGUCUCAGUAAUUAACACACAUCUGAAAAUCGAUUUGAGUGUUAUGUCUUCAUAAGUGUGUUGUGUAACUACUUAGGCUGAUUAAAAGCUUUUAUUGUUUCAAAAGAAGUAUCAAAAUCCAUUGAUCGAAAAACCGCGUUAAUUUCAACUCACUAAACAGUAGUAAAAUAUGAUAUUAUGUAUUUCGUUUUUUUAUUCUGUAUUUUUAUAGACAAAUACAUUAUACCGAUAACAGAAAGUGUGGUAAAAAUAUUUCUGAAUGAAACAAAUAACACGUGUGAAUGGCUAGCUGUUUCCAGAGUAAAAACGAACGCUGUAAGAAAAAAACACACACAAAAAAAUCAAGUAGGAGACGAAACAAAAGCAUGUAUACGAAAACGAUUUAAAAAUCUAUCUAUUAAAUUUAAAUUUUAUGUGUACUUAAUUAUAAUGCUACAGAAUAAUAAAAAAUCUACUUAUUCAUCUA